AUGGUGCAAUGGAUGACCGUGGCGCAGAAGUUCGAGCUGAUCCAGAAGCACCGGCAGAGCCCGUCGCUGUCGACGCGCAAGCUGGCGCUCUGGGCGCAUGAGGCCUUCAACCUGCCCACGGGCCCCACGGCCGCCACGGUCUCGCGCGUGCUCAAGGCGGCCGAGGAGAUCGAGGACAAGCAGCGCCACGGCAUCACGCGCAAGGGCCACGGCGUGUCGUGCCCCGAGCUGGACGUGGCGCUCAAGCUCUACGUGGACCAGUGCGUCCAGAGCCAGGUGCAGCUCACGCGCCGCCUGCUGGUGGACAAGGCGCGCGAGAUCCUGCAGGAAAUCCCCAACGCGCCGACGCUCAACCUCUCGGACGGGUGGCUCACGAGCUUCAUGCGGCGCCACGGCAUGGGGCUGCGGCCGCGCUCCAUGCAGACGGACGGGGAGGGCGGGGACGCCGAGAUCCAGAUCGGCCCCAUAGUGGCCACGAGGGUGCAGGCUCCGGCGGCGUCGCGCGCGGGCGGACGCAAGUCCUCGUCCAGCACGCAGCGCCGCGCGCGCACGCCGACGCAGUUGGGGCUCGUGGCGCCGCCCACGCAGUCGCAGCUGGGCCCAAUGCCCGUGUACACUGGACCCAAGAGGACGGUGCUGAUCACGGGAGCUGACAGCAGCACGGGCGUGGCCUUUGUGAAGCACUACAUGAGGGAAGGGUGGGACGUCAUCGCCGCCUGCGCGGAUGUGGACGCGUGCGGGGAACUCAAGGAGCUGGCACCGUGGAAGUUGGUGGCACUGGACCCGGGCAGUAAGCAGUCGGUGGACAACGCCGCGUUGGAGCUGAAGGACGCACCUGUUGACCUGCUGAUCAACAAUGCCAGGCUCUUCAAGAAGGGGUACACGCACUCCACGACCCCCGAGGACUGCGUCAAGAUGUACGAGGUGAAUGCGUUGGGGCCUUUCAUUGUGUCGCGCGCGUUGUUGCAGAACUUGCGGCUCGCUGUUCGUGACCGAGGAAUGGCGUUCGUGACCAACAUUUCGUCUCGUGUGGGCAGUAUCUCGGAGAACGUGACCGGAGGCUGCUACGGCUUCCGCGCCUCGAUGAGCGCCCUCAAUAUGUUCACCAAGACGAUGACGGCGGACUUCCUGCCGCACAAGAUCGGGUGCCUGUUGAUCCACUCGGGCGUCGAUGACAAGCCCGAAGUUCCGCACGCUUCCGCUGACGUCCAGCCUGAAGAGAGCGUGGCAGGCAUGGCGCAGGUCAUCGCGCGCUCGAGACUCGGAGAACCUCUGCAACUGCGCCACUUUGGAAACGGAGACGGGAUCAGUUGGUAG